CAAAGCCCCAGUGAACGGCCUUAGGGAGUGGCACUUUUUAAAAGUGCAGCCCUAAGGCCACCCGGUAGCGGCUCCUACCUUAGUUUAGUUACAUGUUGGGUUCUAUCCGGUCCCUGUGUGCACCGGGCUCCCCUCGCUGGGGACCCAAAUCUAGUCCAGCCUAGUCUCCAUGACGCCCGACGAAGACGAUGGAGGUAACAGGUGCAUUAAAUAUCUACUGUUUGGAUUUAACGCCAUCUUUUGUCUCACAGGAAUGACGAUCUUCGCCUUUGGCCUAUGGCUCAAAUUCGACACUCGGACGAGGACCAUCUUCGACCAGGAAGACAAUUCUCAAUUCUACACACGUGUUUAUAUCAUGAUUGGGACUGGUGUCCUUAUGUUGCUGAUGAGUUUCCUGCUCUGCUGUGGAGUCAUGGAGGAGUCCCAAUGCAAGUUGAGCGUGUUCUUUGCCUUCCUCUUGGUGCUUUUUGCCAUCAAUAUAGUCAUUGCCAUCUGGGGUUAUUUCAACAAAGACAAGGUGAUUCGUGAGGUCCAGGCAUUUUAUAAGGACGUUUAUAUGAAGAUGAGGGUCAAAGAAAACCCCUACAAGAGCAUCCUCAAAGCCCUCCACAAGGCGCUGGAUUGUUGUGGUUUGACUGGGGCUCUAGAUGUGUUCAUCACAGAGACCUGUCCUGUUAAAGACUUUUUUUCAUCACUAAGUAUGAAGUCUUGCCCACGAGCUAUUGAGGAAAUCUUAAGCAGUAAAUUCCACGUCAUUAGAGCUGUCAGCACAGGGAUUGCUGUUCUGAUCAUCUUUGGCAUGGUUUUAAGUCUGCAACUGUGCCGUAAUAUCGAGGAUGAUUUCUGAGCAGAAAAAUUUGCCCUCUAGAAUUGUGUGUGUGUGUAUGUAUGUCUUUUGUUUUAUUUUGUUUGCCACUAACUUUAGUAUUUAUUUCUCAGUUUUAAAUGGACAAAGUUGUUCUAUAUUUAUUAUCUUGUUAAUGUCUUAUUUAAUACUGAUAUUUGUAGUUGAGGGUUUUUUGGUUUUUGCUUUUAUGGUCAAAGAAAUCCUGCAAUGAAAGGUACUAUAUUUGCUAGAUUCUAGUCAAAGAUAUUGUACAUAAUAAAGGGCCAUAUGGGUCUUUAAAUAGAUUAAAAAUGCCUUAUCUCAAAUUUGAUCAGGAUGUAACAUGUUGAAGAUAAUUUCAUACACAAUAAAGAUUAUAACAAUAAAAAAAGACUGAAUUUCCGGUGAAGAA